AUGAGCGCGCAGGGCUGGACGGGCACCGUGACCUUGAGCAGCGCCACAGUCGCCACCACCAAGGAGGGGCUUUUCCCGGUGACCUACAGCUGCACCAAGGACGGGGUGGAGUCCACUCGCUCGGUGGUGGUGGAGGUAAGGCACCCCAUCAAGCUCGCAGGCCUUUCGGCGAUGAUCGUGCGCCAGUCCAGCGGCACCUUCAGCGAGCCUGGGGUGAGCUGCGUGGACCGAGAUCUGGUGAUCCGAUCGGUGACCUCCUCGCCCGCCUCGCUGUCGCUCAGCGAGACCGGGGACUUCUUCAUCACCUACAGCUGCCAGGAUGGCCAAAGUCGCACGUCGACCCUGGUGCGCUACGUGCAGGUCGCCCCGCCCAUUGAGCUGCGAGGUGAUGAGGUGCUUGUGCUGGAGAAGGACAGCACGUGGAACGACCCGGGGGUUCAGUGCGUGGACACGGACAACGGGCUGCUUCAGCACUCGGCGAGUACCACGGUGGACAUGUCCACGGCCGGGACCACGACCAUCACCUACAGCUGCACUGACAGCAGUGGCACGGCCUUGACCGCCACCAGGACCGUCAUCGUGUCCAGCGGUUUGCCGGGGGUGGAUUUGCAGGGCCCAGCCGAGAUGAAGAUCCUGCUGGGCGAGACCUUCACAGACCCCGGCGUGUGCUGCCGGGACGGCCACAACCAGGUGCUGCCCUUUAAGGGGAUUCUCAACGAGGCGCACUCCAGCAGCACGGGGACCCAGAGCAUCUUCUACAGAUGCACCAGCUUCGCCCACUCGGAGACCGCAUCGAGGAUCGUGACGGUGAACAAUGAGCCGAAGAUCUACCUCACUGGGGAUGCCCAGGCGCUGUCCAUCCUCGGCUCCAGCUACACGGACCCGGGGGCGAUUUGCACCGAUGUGGAGGACGGGCUGAUCACCGUUUGGGGAGCCAGCGGGUUGGGCAGCGUGCGCCAACUGCGGGUGGUGCGGGUGGGAGCCAGCGGCACGGUGACCAGCGGAGUGGUGGAGAACAUCAUCGACGGGGACGAGGCCAGCUCCGUGAGCCAGGCCUGCGAGAGCUGCGUGGAGGUGUCCUCUUCCAGCUACCUGUGGCUGGAUCUGGGCGCCGGGAAGGUGGUGCACAAGUUCGCCCUGGCGGCGACCGUGACCAGCGCCACCCUGAAGGUGGGCCCGACCCUGGACGUGGGCUUCAGCUGCAAGACGUCUCUCACGCAGAGUUUGGGCAGCGCGACCACCGUGGAGUGCGACGCACCGCUGGUGGGCCGCUACGUGACCUUGAGCUCCAGCUCCUCCAUGAAGGUCUGCGAGCUGAGCAUUUGGGGCACCGUGGGUCCAGCGGCCCCCGCGCGGAUCAACGUCUCGGCCACGCCGGAUGGGUGCACCGGCGUGGACAGCCAGAACUUGGAGCUGGCAGGUCAGGAUUCCUCCGGCCUGGGGGUGAUGUACUCCACCCAGGCCGCCGGCAGCUACGGGGAGAUGCGGACGGACCUGGGCACCGGGCCUCACCUCAAGAGCGAGGCGGUGUCCGGGAAGGUGCCAGGCACGGAGGGGGCUGAGAAGUGGCACCUUCGGGACAGCAGCGGCAACGAGGUGGCCACGGCGCCCGGGGGCUUCAGCUUUUUGCCCCUGGAGGUGAGCCACUGGAGCGUCACUGCCUCCGGCGCCACCUGCACCGGCCUCGUCUUCGGCCUGGACCCGGAGGAGGCUUGCGCAUGGCUCUUCGGGACGGCCAGCAGCGACGGGAAGUACCUCUGCGGGGACGGCAGCGAGUGCAGCACCGAGGGCUGCUGCCUGUCCUUGGGGGGCCUGGCGCGCUGCCCGCCCGACGCCCCGCGGAUGUGCGCGGCGCAGAGCUGCACAGGAGAGACUACUGCUGCAAGACGGAUUGUGCCUCCUUCAGCGGCAAUCGGCUUUGCAAGCAGGGCAGCUUGA